AUUAGAGGGAGGCGGAGAGGGAGUGCUGUUCGCCUUUCCUCGGGUGCCUGACGUGGUGGCUGGGGCCCUUCAUUCUCGGACUUUCCCUCGGCCUUUCCAGGCCUCGCCCGGAGGCGGGAGUGGAGACGGCGCCCGGGGCUGGCAGCUCCGGUGCGGAGGGGCUGCGCCGGCCGCGGCUGUGAAGGCGCUGCGGCGGCUGUGGAGAGCUCGGCGCGGCUCUAGGGCUCCGGCGGCGGGGACGCGACGGGAUGGCUGCGGCCGGCGGCGGCGGGGCGGCGGCCGGGCGAGCCUACUCGUUCAAGGUGGUGCUGCUGGGGGAAGGCUGCGUGGGAAAGACGUCGCUGGUGCUGCGCUACUGCGAAAACAAGUUCAACGACAAGCACAUCACCACUCUGCAGGCAUCAUUCUUAACAAAGAAGUUAAAUAUUGGUGGGAAAAGAGUAAAUCUUGCUAUAUGGGAUACAGCAGGUCAAGAGAGAUUCCAUGCAUUGGGUCCAAUUUACUACAGAGAUUCAAAUGGAGCUAUUUUAGUUUAUGAUAUAACAGAUGAAGAUUCGUUUCAGAAGGUUAAAAACUGGGUCAAAGAAUUACGGAAAAUGUUGGGAAAUGAAAUCUGUUUAUGUAUAGUUGGUAAUAAAAUAGACUUGGAGAAGGAGAGACAUGUUUCCAUUCAAGAAGCAGAAUCGUAUGCAGAAUCUGUGGGAGCGAAACAUUAUCAUACUUCAGCCAAACAGAACAAAGGAAUUGAGGAACUUUUUCUUGACCUUUGUAAAAGGAUGAUAGAAACGGCACAAGUGGAUGAAAGGGCAAAAGGCAAUGGCUCCAGUCAACCAGGAGCUGCAAGGCGAGGUGUACAAAUUAUUGAUGAUGAACCUCAAGCCCAGAGCGGUGGCGGAGGGUGCUGUUCUUCUGGAUAACUGUUCACCCCUAAGGAAUAAAAUAACAAACUGUGGAUCCUUGCCCUCAACACAAAGACUGCCAUAUUCCAAGUCACAUUAUUUUACCAAUGGAAUUAGAGAGUUAACAGUAUUUUAAAUUACGUUUAUAACACUGCAGAGACCUUAAGUGCUAAACUUAGUGGGGUUCGUGACCAGAGAAUUGGCAUUUUCUACACAUGUUAACAAAGCAGUUACCAAUGGCCUUUUUACAUAUUUUUUUUCUUUAACAAGGAGUAAUAUGCAUGUAGAAAAGACCUACUUAAAGGCUUCAUUUAUAUUCUUUUAAAUCAAAUCUUUAUUUAAUAACUUAUAUAUGUUGUUGAAAUGGUAUACAUUUUUGCAGUCCUUUGUAUUUUGUGGUAGUUUGAAUUGUAUCACUUCUAAACAGCAAACUGUUUUUCUUUUUUUUAAAAUUAGCAGAUACCUGAAGUACUAUUUUUGCAGGGUUUGCACAGGCCCCUAACUGUCUACUACACUUUGAUAUAAUCUAUAUUCAUCCUGUAUGCUGAGCUGAUAAAAUACAUUGUAAAUUACAUAUUAAAUAUUUUAUCUGCUUUUACAAGCGCAAGGUGCAAAAAUAUAUACAGUAGUCUCAUUGAUGACUGUAAAGUGAAUUAACAUUUGGUGAUAAUGUCUAAGCUUUUUGACUCUGAUCAUAGCUCCCCUUCACUUUUGUCUUAACUUGAAAGUGGCGUGUUUAAAUUUUCUCAUAUACUUUACUUGAAUUAUUGCUGUUGUCACAUUUUUUGCCUCUGUAAAUCCAUCUAAUGAUUGAGCGACAGCAUUUGCCUUUUGGUUUGGGUGGGGGUUUUUUUGUUCUUUUGUGGGGGGUUUUUUUGUUUGUUUUUUGUUUUCUGGGUUUUUUGUUUGGAUAAAAGAGAUGACUUCUGCUCAUUUUGCUUUAGAAUGGUUACCUUAGAAGUAUUUGAGUGGAGCAUGCUGAGUUUCACUGCUGCAAGGCUUUAGUUUUCUCUUAGGCUUUAUGUGAGAUGGACUCAUUGGUAGGAGAAGAGAGGAAGAAGUCCCAGAUAGUAGCCACUCACCAAGACUCAUUCAUACAGCAUGUUAGUGGUAGCUUCUCCUCCACAGGCAGCACUUUUAGAUCCUUUGUGAGCAAGCUGUUUCUGGUCACUGCUUGCCAGAGAUGAACACAGAAAGCUUUGUUUCAUUUUAUAAGAGCUAUCCUUCUGAGUUUCUUUGAAGGGAAACAUUUCAUGUAAUGAAGUUAUAGCGAACACUGGAAAGAUUUAUUAUAAAAUUAUAUUCUUGUAUACUUUGUAAAUUAGUCUCUCAUUAAGUUUUUUUUUUUUCUUUCUUUAA